CCCUCCACGUGCUGCCAGGCGGAAGACGGGUUGUUUUGAAGCCGCCGGUAGUUUCUAAACGUGGAGCUGCACUUCUGCCGCCAUGAACUCCGUUAUUGUCCCAGCAGCAGCUUUAACGGCGGACAUGGAGAGUGAAACCGACAGCAGAGGAGAAGAGCUGGAGGAAGAGCAGAGAGGGACGAAGAGGAAGAUUUCUCUGUCCGCCUGUGGUGUUUGUGGAUCAGAGGAGGCCAAGUACAAGUGUCCUGCCUGCCUCACAUAUUCUUGCAGCUUGCUGUGUGUGAAGAAACACAAGGAAGAUUCAGGAUGCAGUGGAGUGAGAAAUAAAACGGCAUUUGUGACCCUGUCACACUUUGAUGAAAUGACACUUCUCAGCGAUUACAGGUUUCUGGAGGAUACUGGACGAUUUGCUGAUGGAGCCAACAGAGACAACCUCAUCCGGGCUCCUCGCACCACUUUCAAAACGAAGACGCUGGCAGCCAAUGCCAGAAAGAUGAACAUCACUCUGAGGCUCCUGCCCGUCAGCUUCUCCAAGAGCAGAGAAAACUCUACUGUCUUCCUGAAAAAAGAAAAACUGUUCCUGUGGCACCUGAAGCUCAUAUUUCCUCAGAGCAGCUCAGAGUUCAGUCAGAGGAGGGUGUGCGACACACAAACCUUGGAACAGAUCUUGACCGCUUACAUUCACCCUACAGAGUCGGAGCCUGUGACUCGUCAAAAGUUGAAGAUGUAUGUCCAUGCUCCGUUUGAUGAUGUGAAAGUCUUCAUGAAAGCAGAGGGGAGAAAGGCUAACUCUGUGCGGUACCGUGAGUUGAACAUUCACAAGAGCCUAAGGGAUAACUUGAGCUACAAAACACUGAUUGAGUAUCCUGUGCUGCACGUUGUACUCCGAGAUCACUGGAAGGACUAUCCACUAAAAGGACCAGUGGAACCUGCAUCAGCCUGCACUGGUAUUGCAGCAAAGAAUGAUGGGAUGGACAAAGAAAAGGAGGUUGAGACCCAAGUUGCACCAUCACCACAGGGAUCCUGCACCCCAGCAGGAAGCAACAUCUGGACUCAAGAGACCACUCCUGAAAUUGAAUCCCCAAAGGAGAAAAGAGCAAAGAGAGAAGCAGGGGAGGAAGAACAAGAGGAAGGAGAGAUUAUAGACAGCAGUGAUGAAGAGGAGGAGGAUGGAAAUGCUGACGUGAACACCUCAUGCAAUAGGAGCUGUGAUGAUCCCAAAAGCCCUGCUAAUGGCUUGGAGGUGAUUAAAGAUGAGCCAGCAGUCAACGGUGGACAAUGUUGAUGAUGGUGUUAAUAAACACAGUGAUAGCAGCGGGGAUCUGUAUGUAAACGAGGACAUUACUGUUCUACUGAUGACAGUUCAGCUGCCAACGAGAGUGCUGAGGUCAGCAUGACUAAGGAGGAUACUGUGAAGGAGCCCCAGCGCUUCAUGCCCAUCACUGUCGAGAUGAAAAUGAGUCAGCUAAUGAUGCUGACAGCUGGGGAAUAGAAUGAUGAUACCAGAUGUUGAUUGUGAAAUGAGUGACAGGGCAGAUGCAGCUGUCAGAAAGUCAUCAAUGUAGUGUCAAAAUACAAUGGACCAAUGCCAACCAGCAGUUUUUACAGCGAUUAUAGUGAGAAACAAGAACAAGGGUUUUCUAAGUGUAUCGCUAUAUAUACAUACAUUUAUUUCUAUGUUGUUUAUAUUUGCUUUUGGCUAAUUUGAUUGCAAUCAUAUUUUCUCAAAUAAAAUAUGUAUUUUGAAAGUUGUUUGUGUGAUACUGCUGAUGACACAACUAUCAAUAAAGACAUGAAAACAUCA